AUGAGUGCAUUUGCUGCAAAAAAAAAUUAUUUUCUGUCUGUGUCCGUCUCUCUCAGUGAGGACUGUCCAGAGAACAAGAUCCUGACCGUGGAGUAUCCGUGUACGAGAGCUGGAGGUCAGAGAGGUCGCUGUCUCAGGAGGAAGUGCUGUGAAGGCUUCAGGUUUGUGAUGGGUCAGUGUGUGCCAGAAAGUCUGGACGUGUGCGCCGGGUCUCCGUGUGAGCAGCAGUGCACUGAUAACUUCGGUCGUGUGUUGUGCACGUGUUUCGAGGGUUUCCGCUUUGACCGAGAGCGACAGCAGCAGCACCUGCACCCGUACUGCAUCGAUGUGGACGAGUGUGAGGAAUCGAACAGCAGCGUUUGUGAACACGUGUGUGAAAACACUCCGGGAAGUUUCCGCUGCCGCUGUAACGAUGGGUUCACACUGACUCCAGAUCAGCGCUCGUGCGCUCCUGAACACAACCUGAGCUCCUCCAGUAAGUCUGGGACUCAGAUGAGCUCUGGAUGGUGUUCUCUCAGCUGUCAGGACUUCUUCAACAUGAGGAGCAGUUUACUGCAGAUCAGACUCCUGCUGGAGCACACACAGGGUUCGUCUUUCAGUCUGGAUAAUAACAGCCACAAACCAGCUCACGGGAAAAAUCCUGAGAGUCACACCAGCUCUGGACCACCAGGACCUCCAGGUGAGCGAGGGCCAGCGGGGCCCCAGGGGCCCAGAGGAGACAUGGGUCCAAUGGGGCCACAGCCGGAUCUUCAGCACAUAAAGACGGGCAGACGGGGACCGGUGGGACGGCCAGGAGCGCCUGGGAAAGACGGACAGAAGGGUGACAGAGGUUUUCCUGGAGCCAGAGGAUCUCCAGGGCCUCCAGGGUCGUUUGACUUCCUGUUGCUGAUGAUGGCUGAUAUCCGUCAUGACAUCAUUGAGCUACAGCAGCGAGUGUUUGGGAAGAGGCGUGGCCUCUCGGUGGACACACCCCUUCUCUCCAGCGGAGAGGCGGAGCUUGAAGACUGGGUGUCAGGAGAAGGAGAGCUGAUGCCGAACACAUGAUGCUGGAGUAACUCCUGCAUUACGCUGCAUCACCCCAAACAGACUGAAGCCCAGACGAAUCUGAGCAGGUAGCGUCAGAUGAGGAACUCCUGCAUCAGAAAAUCAUCCGUAAUAAACGCUUUACCUGAGGUCACUUGAUCAGUGGGACGAAAAGACUCGAGAUGAUGCUUGGAAGUGAAC